AGUGUUUGUUUGAUCCUUCAAAAAUAAAAAUAAAAAAGAAAAGUGUUUGUUUGAAAAUGUGAUUUUCUUUGGGAGUGUCCCAAUCCUUGGCAGUGUUUCGUUGAAUAAACAUGCGUAUACCGUUUCGCUGAAAUUGAAACUGAAUCCUCAACACAACAGUUUUCGUUCUUGGCCACGUGAUGGAGGGUGAAAAAUACGCCAGAGAAUUAGAGAUAGCUGUGAGGAUUGUCCACGUGGCAUGUGCUCUGUGUGGGAGGGUGCAGGAGAAGCUUCUUGCGACUGAGGUUGUUUCCAAGGAUGAUGAUUCUCCUGUUACUGUUGCAGACUUGAGUGUUCAAGCAAUCACUAGUUGGUUACUAUCGAAAACAUUUGGGGUUCAGAAUGUGUCAAUUGUUGCGGAAGAAGAUGUAGAAACUUUCACCAAGGAUGAUUCAACAGGCUUACUGGAAGCUGUUGUGGAUACAGUCAAUGAGUCUUUAGCUUUUGCAUCCAUGUAUGGUCUCCAAAGUCCAGACAUAACUCUUGGAACAUCAGAAGUUCUCGCGGCCAUUGGCCGCUGCAGCUCAACGGGUGGUGCUAGUGGAAGGCAUUGGGUACUUGACCCUGUUGACGGCACAUUGGGAUUUGUACGAGGCGAUCAGUAUGCGGUUGCUCUAGCUUUGAUUGAGGAUGGAAAAGUUGUUCUUGGAGUUCUUGGGUGUCCCAAUUACCCAGUGAAGACAGAAUGGCUAAAUUAUCAGUACCAGUAUCGUCAAACAACGAUAUCACAAACAUCAACAACUCUUGAUGCAUGCGGAAAAGGAUGUGUGUUGUAUGCAAAGAGAGGCAGUGGUGAGGCGUGGUUGCAGUCAUUGAUUCCUGAAGAUAGGUUGUUAGAAUGGCCGAAUUGUGCUAGGCCUAUUCGAGUUUCUUCCGUUGAUGAUCCGGCAUUGGCAACUCUAUGCGAACCAGUAGAAAGGGCAAACUCAAACCAUUCCUUCACAGCUGGCCUUGCUCACAGUGUAGGACUAAGAAAACAGCCCUUACGUGUCCACAGUAUGGUAAAGUAUGCAGCAAUAGCAAGGGGAGAUGCCGAGAUAUUCAUGAAAUUUGCAAAGUCAGGUUACAAAGAGAAGAUAUGGGAUCAUGCUGCCGGUGUUGUGAUUGUUGAAGAGGCCGGUGGUGUGGUAACCGAUGCCGGAGGCCGACCUCUAGACUUUUCAAAGGGAACGUACUUAGAGGGUCUUGACCGAGGCAUAAUUGCAUGCUCUGGUGUCACAUUGCAUGAAAAAUUGAUUGAUGCUGUUUAUGCUAGCUGGGACUCCUCAAAUUUAUGAGGCUUUUUUACAUAUUGCAAAAAAACUUGUAUUCAAUUUAGCAGCUAAUUUUUCAGUAUAAUCAUUGGAAAUUGUAUAAACUGAAUAUAUAGUUAUCUUAUAGCAUAAUUCGUCCAUGUGCCAAUAUGGAAUGAAGAAGCGAUUAAGGAUAUUGAAAGUAGGGUGAUGAAUUAUAAAAGUUAAGAGCGAUUCUAUUUAUCCAAAUCAAUCAAUUAAUACA